ACGUUUCGUUGGAGUGUCAAAACUCAAAACGGAACACAGUUCAGUGGACAGCCAGUGUAGUCGGUUGAUAUAUGUAAGCCAAUACACAAACCAUUCCCGUUUCUAUUGUUGCUAUUAGAACAAACUGUCGACGAUUUUUUUUAAACAGUUCAACGAUUGUUUGAUUGAAUUCCAAAUCUAUUGUUGAAUAGAAUCGAGUCGAUUCAAUCGACCGAAUCGAUUACGAUGCAAAAGAAGUAGACGGAACGUUUUUUACGAUUAGAAAAAAAGGGAAGUCGUUCAAAUAAUCCAAUGAGAAUUGUGUAGCUUAUCAACUAAUAUUCAAUUGCACAAGAAAUGCGGAGAUGUUUGAUACAAAGCGAAAUUAUAUUUGAAAAAUAUGCCAGCAUGAAGACUGAUUUUAAGUCUUCAUCAUGAUUAUAUGAUCAACAUUACGAAAAACUCCUGAAGAUAUACUAUUUUUCCUUAAGCGACACCAAUCGAAAACUUUGCAGCAAUUUGGAUAAGAUGUAUACGUAUUAGAACAUGAUAGAUCAGCUUAGUAAAUCUGGUGAAUUUACCAAAAAUGUCCAGACCAGAUGAGAUCGGUAGUGUGGAUGAAUGAUGCAAUGUCAAAGUCAAUGGUAAAGAACCCAAUUUGUUCGAACCAUUUGGAGAAGAUUCUCAAUUGAAAUACAGCAUCUGUUCAGCUUCAUUUCGAUACCGAUCAGUAUUAGCACAGCAGUUUAUUUUUAUUUGUAAACAUCAGUGUUACUACUCUCUUUUUGUUUUCGAAUAAUUUAUUUUACAUAAAUUUCAUUAAUAAAACAAUUCGGCACGCGACUAUGACGAUUUCAAUUGUGUAAAAACUAAUCAGUACAGCAUGCUUUUUCCUCUCUCUCAUCGUGAUCCUUUUAAAUUGUAUCCUUUCAAAUACUAUACUGAAAAGCUUUCAUUUUUUAGUGAAAAUAACUAUUCUGUCUUUAAUUAUGAAAUUUACCGAAGAAAAAACGUUUGUUGUGUUUCAGAGAAAAAUGUUACUUGAGUUUUGUUCGUUAUUUCUUAGUUUCAGUUUAUUCGAUUGACAUUGAAAUUGGAGAUCGAAACAACAUUGAAAUGCUGAUUGAAACAACAAGGAAUUUGAUAAAUUCAAGUGCAAAAAUUAAUCACAGCCACUCGUAUUUAGUGCGUUAAAACGUUGGGAAAUGGCAUAUUUUACCUGUUUAAACGCAAUCUAAAUGCGACCGCAAUCGUUUGAUUUGCGGUGUGAAGAUCAAGAUCAGUUUCAUUUGAAAUUUAUUCAAUGUAUAUUCAUGCCGCUCUUAUGUGGCAAUUCGUUGCAAUUCCAGCGGAAUACUAUUUAAUUGAGUAUGCUAAAUUCAAAGUGUUUUUAGAUUACACAGCUCAUUGCGCAAUAGAUCUAAUUGUAAUUAGAUUCAAUUUAAAGAGCGUUCACAUUAUUACGAUUGAAUAUUCAUGCCUGUUGAUAACACACCGAUAACGAACAUGCAAAACGGUGAUGAUUAUGCAAAAUUCAUUUUUGCCUUAUCAUUUUGGCAAAUAUGCUGAAUUCAUGGUGUUUUGAAUACCGUUUUUUUUCAUUGUUUGCACAAAAUUCAUCAGAGCUAGCAACAUCAAGACAUUAAGCUCAUAUGAAUAAAUAACACAACUGAUAAACUGGUGAUUUUUUUAUCGAAUAAAUUUUUUCUUCAUUCAUGACUGAAAAAAAAAUUGAAAAUUUUCCAUAAGAGAGGUGUAUUUCAUUAAAUUUGAAUAUUUAAACCAUUCAAUCCUCUUAAAAAUGUAAACAAAGUGUAAUUGGCUAAAUGACAGAGGCCUCGUUUGGCAAUAACAAUAACGUACGCCAAAUGGAUCAAACAAUGUACGGAAAAAAUAUUAUUUGUUGUGUAAUCAGAGAUGCGGUAUAUGUCUGUAUUUUCAUUGGCAAACAAAUAAACGGUGUAAAAACACGAUCUACAGAGAUAAAAUGUGAUAGCGCACAAUUUACACUUGCAAUAUUUACGAUCAACUCGAAAGCAUGUGAAGUGCAGAGUAAUUGUAUGAAUUGAAUAACGUUGAGAUUUCGCAUGAAGUGUGUGCUAGAUAGGAUCAAUAUGAUAGUGUAACACAGAAUCACCCUAUAAAUACGUUUACGAUUUUUAUCAAUUGAGCUAAUCAGAUCGCGUGGAUUCGAGUGAAAACAUCAUAGAAAAUGAGCGCCAAAGAGUUACCGAAAUAUAUUCAAGUUUUGUUAGACCGCAUCGUUAAGGAGAAUGAUUUUCAAGAUUAUUCGUUGGAUAUAAAGCAGGGAUCCCAAGUGGGUGAUGGUUUUUUGAGUGAAUUAUCAAGCAUAGGCAUUUCGGAAAAUGGCAGUGAUAAAAAAUUGGAUAUCGUGUGUAAAAUAGCGCCAUUCAAUGAGAAUCGACGGAAAGAGUUCUUUUCGAAUGUGGUUUUUGAUCGUGAAUCGUAUUUUUAUAACAAAUUAAUGCCAACGUUUGCAAAAUUUCAAGAUGAAAAAAAUGUACCAAAAGAUGCUCAGUUCCGAGCGUAUCCCAAAUGUUACGCGGCCAUAUCGAAUGAUGAAAGUGAACAUUACGUUAUCAUAAUGGAAGAUCUGCGUCCGCAAGGAUUUAAAAUGUGGAACAAAGCUAAGGCAGUACCGAUUGAAAAUAUGCGCCUGGUGAUGCGUUCUUUGGGCAAAUUUCAUGCACUUUCGCUUGCUUUGAAAGACCAACGACCGGACGAAUUUGCCAAAUUUAAGAAACUAACCGAUGUGUCGCAAACAUUUUUCCAAUCACAAAAUAUGCAGGGAAUGUUUGACGCGUCCUUUGAUCGUGCCAUCGCCGCAUUAAAAAAUGAGGACCAUAAGGAAAUCAUUCGCACACUGAAAAACAACACAUUGUCACACUUCAAAUCGUGUCUCAGCGACGAAAUCUCCAACCGUUUUGGUGUCGUAUCGCACGGUGAUUUUUGGAACAAUAACAUACUCUAUCGCUUCAAUGAAGAUAAUAUCGCUGAGGAUGUUCGAUUUUUGGACUGGCAGGUGAUCCGAUACAUCUCUCCGGCAAUAGAUCUUCUUUACAACAUAUUCACAUCUACCGACAAGGCACUCAGAGAAAAAGAAUACGAUAAUUUGUUGAAAGUUUACCACGAUUCACUAUCGAACACCGUCAAAUUGCUAGGAAGUAACCCGGACGAAUUGUUUACACUGAAUGAUUUAAAAGACGAACUGAAGAUUUGUGGCAAUUAUGCAUUCCUUUUAGCACCUAUGCUGUUGUCAGUGUCACUGGCCGAUUCCAGUGAAAUAUCGAACUUAGAUGAAAUGUGUGAUAAAAUCGCCGAAGGUGAAACAAGACAUGAACUCAUCACCGGUUUGAAUGAAAAGGCUCAAUUAGAAUAUGAUCAACGGUUAAAUGACGUUUUUGACGAUCUUGUUAAACUCGGCUAUUACACCAAGAUUAACUGAAGCAAAAAAGAGAUAUCUUUUCAUUGAAUAUUAUUCAUUUGAACAAAUAAAGUUAAUCAGUUUCAAUUUA